CACAGAUCCCUUUUUAUUUGCUUCCCCGUCACCCCUCUUCUUCCCAAACCCAUCUUUCCUCAUCAUUGAUCAAUUAUCAAAGAUGGCCUUCGGAAAGCUUUACACCUACGAGGCGAACCCCCGCUCCACGGCCAUCUUGGCUGUCGCGAAGGCCAACAACCUCGACCUCGAGGUUGUCAAGGUCGACCUCGAGGCUGCCAUCGAGGAGUACAAGAAGGUCAACCCUCUCGGCAAGGUCCCCACCUUCGUCGGUGCCGACGGCUACACUCUCUUCGAGUGCAUCGCCAUCGCCAUCUAUGUCGCUUCCCAGAACGAGAAGACCACUCUCCUCGGCAAGACCAAGCAGGACUAUGCCUCCAUCCUGAAGUGGCUCUCUUUCUUCAACACCGAGGUCCUUCCCCCCCUUGCUGGCUGGUACCGCCCUCUCCUUGGCAAGGCCCCCUACAACAAGAAGGCUGUUGAGGACGCUCAGGCUACUGCCCUCAAGGCCAUCUCUGUCGCUGAGGCCCACCUCAAGAACAACACCUUCCUUGUUGGCGAGCGCAUCACCCUUGCCGAUCUCUUCGCCACUGGCAUCAUUGCCCGCGGCUUCGAGUUCUUCUUCGACAAGGCCUGGCGCGAGCAGUACCCCAACGUCACCCGUUGGUACACCACUGUCUACAACCAGCCCAUCUACUCGGCCGUUGCUCCUCCCUUCGCUCUCCUUGAUACCCCCAAGUUGACCAACGUCGCCCCCAAGAAGGCUGAGGCCCCCAAGCCCGCCGCCGCCCCCAAGCCCGCUGCUGCUCCCGCCGCUGCCGCUGAGGAGCCCGCUGAGGCCCCCAAGCCCAAGCACCCCCUUGAGGCCCUUCCCCGUGCCUCUUUCCCCCUCGACGAGUGGAAGCGCCAGUACUCCAAUGUUGACACCCCCGAGGCCCUCAAGUGGUUCUGGGAGAACGUCCCCUUCACUGAGUACUCCAUCUGGAAGGUCAACUACAAGUACAACGAUGAGCUCACCCUCACCUUCAUGUCCAACAACUUGAUUGGUGGCUUCAACAACCGUCUUGAGGCUUCUCGCAAGUACCUCUUCGGCUGCGCCUCCGUCUAUGGCACCAACAACGACUCCGUCAUCCAGGGUGCCUUCGUCAUCCGUGGCGAUGACUGGAAGCCCGUCUUCGACGUCGCUCCCGAUUAUGAGAGCUACGAGUUCACCAAGCUCGACCCCCAGAACCCUGAGGAUCGCGCUUUCGUCGAGGCUGAGUGGUCCUGGGACAAGCCCGCCCUUGUCAACGGCAAGGAGUACCCCCACGCCUCCGGCAAGGUCUUCAAAUAAACGAUACCACGAACAAAUUAAUUCAAGGAAGGAGGUUAUACCAACAGGAGUUUACUAGACUACGGGAUUUUAUGAUGACUUGAUGAACAAAUAUUGAUGGGUUUCAAAGGACAAGCCGUUUUUGCCCCUUUUUCUCAUGAGCUCAUGUGUAUCGCUCGCUGAUGGAUAGUCGUCGCCGAUGAAUGAGUCUUCAGUAGAUGCUAGUAACCUGUCGAAAUCUCCGAUAAAAGUUGUUUUCAUGGCCAAUUGCUAUUCCC